AUGAAGGCACGGCUGCGCAACCUCGCUCUGCUGCUGUUAACUACUGUGACAGCAGUAGCAGCCAUGGACGUGACGCUGUCUGACAAGGAGACGCAAAAAUGCAGUGGCAUGUACAGCAAGAAGUCGUGGGGAGGCAAGGUCGACCCCUUCAUACUUGUUAAGUUUAUAAAAGAUCCGAAGAAGAACGAAGGAAUCAAGGACCAGACUGUCAGUGUCGUGGUCUGGGAAUGGAAAGACACUUUGCUUCUGGGCGCACCUUCCGAUUUGCCCGUGAACGAUGAAAACCGCCAUUACAUUUGCGACGACGAAUCGAUCAAAUUAAACCUCUGCAACGGCACACAUAAAGGCGAAUGGGUACUCGCGGAAGACGUCGAGAACCUCUGGCAAAUGCCCAUCAGGACCGCAGCUAUCGACCUGAACGACCCGAAAGCAAUCAAGUACCCGACCUCCACCACAGAGACCAAAGUACCAAUCAAAACUGGCUAUUACUGUGUGGCUGCGAAUGCGCAAGACAAGCAAUUGCAAUUCGAGGCCAUUGUGACUUUUCGAAACGCUUAUGGAGAGCUGCAAGCCGCCCAGAUCGCAAAGCUGCCCUUUUACGGCGGAAUCACCAUUGUGUAUUUUGUUGUCUUGGCAUUCUGGGGCUUCCUCUACUUCCAGAAUCGUCACGAUAUUCUUGCCGUCCAAAACUACAUCACUGCUAUCCUAGUAUUUCUGGUCAUCGAGAUGCUGAUGACUUGGGGCUAUUACGACUACCAGAACCGCCACGGUAACAACGUCGGCACCAAGGCACUCAUGAUUGUCGUCGCCGUACUCAACGCUUUCCGUAACUCCUUCUCCUUCUUCCUGCUGCUGAUCGUAUGUAUGGGAUAUGGCGUCGUCAAGCCUUCCCUCGGCAAGACAAUGACGGUCGUCCGCUGGCUUGCUGUUGCACACUUCGUCUUUGGCGUAAUUUAUGCUGUAGCCUCACUUACUGUUCGUCCCGAUGACGCCGGACCUCUAGUUCUGUUGGUCAUCCUCCCACUCUCAGCCACACUUACGGCGUUUUACAUCUGGACCCUGAAUUCGCUCAACCUUACGAUGAAGGAUUUGAUGGAGCGAAAGCAGCACGUCAAAGCUACCAUGUAUAAGAGGUUAUGGUGGUGCAUUUUGACGAGCAUUGUUGUCAUUUUCGGUUUCUUCUUCAUCAACAGCUUCACCUUCGCCGGAGCUUCGACCCCCGACUUUGCUCCGACACACUGGCAAACACGAUGGUUCGUGCUUGACGGCUGGCUAAAUCUUGUCUACUUGGCGGAUGUGUGUUUUGUUGCAUACAUGUGGAGGCCAACAGCCAACAACCGGAGAUUUGCCAUGAGUGAUGAGAUUGCCCAAGAUGACGAAGGUUUCGAGAUCGCAUCCCUCAGAGAUUCUCUUGAUGAAGAGGAAGGAGGCUCAGAUCAGCCUCCAUCCUACGACCCAGCGCAGAGGUCGAACAACAACGCGCGCGAUGUGUCGCCAUUGCCGGCACCACAAGCACAGAAGCCCAUUGUUCCUCCCAGGGAGAGUCUUGAUGGCGAUACCAUCUUCGCUGUAGGCGAGGACGACAAGUGGAGUAGUGACGAAAGUGACGAGAGUGACGAGAGUGACGACGAGUCAGGGCCGGCGAGCCCAAAAGAGGGCAAUAGCGAGCGUUCAAGGUUAACGGGUCCCCCUUCAUUCUUUCGCAAUCGAGCCGACAUUCGACCAUCAACCAUUAGGAAUGCUCGUGAAAAAUCUUCGGGACGCCCUUACUCGAUAGAGGCUUCUCUGCAAGCUGCUGGCUCGAACUUCGCAGCGCUUCCGCAUCGCCGCCUUAUCUCCCUUACUGGCCCCCAUACUGUGAAGUUUCUGCAAGGGCUCAUUACGAAUAAAGUCGACGAAAGCCGCCAAUCACCCUUCUACGCAGCCUUUCUCGAUGCGCGCGGCAGAGUGUUGUGGGAUGUGUUUGUCUGGGUGUGGCCAAAGUUGGUCCAGGAGAAGGAGCCUUGGGCAUGCUACAUUGAAGUUGAUGAGAGUGAAUUCGAGUCUUUGAAAAAGCAUUUGAAGAGGCACAAACUCCGGAGCAAGGUGCAGAUUUCGGAUGUGAGUGCAGAUGAGAUAGGCGUGUGGGCGGCCUGGGGCUCAGAAGCCGGGCAACGCAGAUCAGAAAGUACAAUCGCCGAAAUGAGCGAUCCACGUUGCCCAGAUAUGCGUCGUUAUCUCGCGAGCGCAAAUACAACAACGGUAAUAGAGGGAGCCGAGCCAGUGGACGUACGAGAAUACCACCUCCAACGCUACAGGAAUGGCAUACCCGAAGGACCACAAGAGAUAGCAAGAGAGAGCGCAUUGCCAAUGGAGUGCAACAUUGAUCUCUCGCAUGGUAUAGACUUCAAGAAAGGUUGUUACGUUGGCCAGGAACUUACCAUUCGCACAAAACACACCGGCAUCGUCCGGAAGCGCAUCUUGCCUGUCCAUAUCGACAACCCCGGCAAAACAGCUGCCCUACCGGAACAUGGGACUGACAUUAAGCAGCUAGAUGAAAACGGACAUAUCAAGAAGGGGCGUGCAGCAGGCAAGUUCAUCAGAGGCAUUGGAGAUGUGGGUCUAGCACUGUGUCGAUUGGAAAACAUGACUAGUAUGAAAAUCAGUGCUGAGGGAGGGACGUGGAAAUCUGGUAUGGAGUUUGGGUGUGAGACGAAUGAUGGGAUUGUCAAGUUAAACCCCAUUUUGCACGAUUGGUUCGUGCAAAGGGAGAGGGAGCUUUGGGACAAGAAUAGGUUGAGGCUGUAG